CUUCACCCGUGGAGAGGGCAGCUGUAAACAAACCAGCCACAUCGGACGACCAAGCUGUAAUCACUGUGGACUUUCGUGUUAAACACAUUUGGAACCCAUCCGAUCAUGGAUUUGAAUUGUGGCUUGAAGGAAGAAGAAUUUGAAGAGAAUAUUUUCCUGAGACAGGAAAUAAAAAGGGAAACAGAUCGUCAUGACAUCAAACAGGAAGACUCUACAGCAGCGGAGAUCUCCACGUCAUUAGAAGAAGAGGAGGAGCAGGAGCAGCAGCAGGAGCAGGAGGAUCACCGAGAAAUAUGGAUUUCAGAGGACAGUGAAGAGGAAUCUCACCGACAUAUCCCAACUCGUACAAGUACGUUUUGA